CUGGUGGUCAGGGGGCUGCGAAUCUUAUCUGAUUUUCCAGAGAGGGGUUUGGAACUGGACUGAAGAGGCAGGGACAAUAACAGGAAGCGGCCAGAGGAACUGCUGGGCUGGGCUGAUCACUUUUGCCACUGGAGUGGCCUGAUUGUCCAGUGAGCAGCUCUGUGGGAGCUCAGACAGGUUCACAUGCAGCUGGAAACAGACAGCACUGACCUGAGACUGAGGAGGAUAUAAUACGACUCAUUUACUGAAGGGAUUUUCGAAUCGAGGAAGACCGUUGAAGUGACCAAAACUCUGAUGAUGAAACAGACUGCCCGCAGGCAGAUGGCUGAGCCUGGCUUCUGGGCAGGUGUUCUGGUCAUUUUAUGUACCCUCAGCAUGGGAGCUGAUGUCCACCAAGCUCUGAAAACGCCAUCCAUGCCGAGCAGAGUGCUUCAAAGACAUAAGAGAGCCUGGAAAUGGGAUAAACUUUAUGUGAAUGAGGAAAUGCCUCCAAAAAACCCACCUGAAAAAAUUGGAAAGCUAGAGAAUACAUUUUUCAAUGCAUCUGCAAGAUAUAUUCUCUCAGGAGAAGGUGCUAAUGACAUUUUUACUGUAAAUGACAAUGGGGAUAUCAUUGUCAAUGCAAAGUUGGACCGGGAGAAGAAAAAUGUCUACAAUCUGUCAGCUUCACUCAUCAACAUUACAACCACAAAACAGAUUGACCACGAUGAUACAUUUAUAAUAGUGGUCAUGGAUAUUAAUGACAAUAGCCCUGUGUUUCCACCUGACGUCUCUGGAUCCAUCAGUGAAUCUUCUAAAGCAGGAUCUAUAGUAAUGACAGUAAAAGCAACUGAUGCUGAUGAUCCCACCACUCAAAAUGGAAUGAUAGGGUACAAACUUCUGAAUGGGACAGAUCUCUUCGCCAUCAACAAUAAAGGUGAAAUCAGAACAUUGACAAGCAGUCUUGACCGAGAGAAACGGAGUCAGUAUCUAAUUGCUAUACAAGCCAAAGACAUGCCAGACGUUAGUAAUACUGGGAAUUCUGCUACAACUAUUGUGACUAUCAACAUUAAUGAUGUAAAUGACAACAUUGCCACCUUCAAAACAGGAGAAUACCAAUUUAAUGUAAAAGAAGACAGCAAACCUGGAUAUGAAAUUGGCAAAUUAAAAGUGGAGGACAAAGACGAGAUACAAAACAAAGAUCCAUCUUUUACAAUACAACAUAAAUUUGAUGAAGUGUUUGGCAUUAAACUAAGUAAUGUGAAAGAUGGAAUUCUUAGCCUCAAAGUGCCUCUCGACUAUGAAACGCAGAAGAUGCACAAGUUUAGUGUAAACGUGUUAGAGCGCACAGUGUCUAAAUCGCCAGAUAACCAAGGACCCAAACUGCAGACGAGAGCCCAAGUUUUCAUCAAUGUAAUUGAUGUUGACGAACCACCUGUUUUCAACCAAACUGAAUACAAGUUCAGCUUCUACGAGGGCCCGUUCCAGAAUCCAAUUAUUGGAGCUGUUUCAGCAAAGGAUCCAGAUAAAAACGGUUACAAAAUACGGUACUCUAUUGAAGACUCAAACUGUCCUGUAGCAGUGGAUCCUGUACAAGGAUAUCUGUCCUUAAAGAAGCAACUGGACAGAGAGGACAAAUCAUCCUACACUUUCCAGGUUACAGCACAGGAGAAUGUCACAAAUGGUCUAAAGUCCUAUGCGCUGGUUAAUCUGAAGGUUCUUGACAUUAAUGACAACGCACCAGAACUAACUAACCGGAGCUACGUGUAUGUUUGUGAGAGUGAUAAACCUGGAACAAUCAUUGGGACUGUCGGUGCCUAUGACAAAGAUGAAAAUUCAGGCAGGUUCCGUUUCACUCUGGCAAAAAGGAACUUGAACUUUUCACUUUAUGAUAACGGAGAUAACACUGCGCGCAUUGAGCUGAAGCAAGGCGGUUUCAGUACAGAGCACUCAGUGGAACAUGUGCUGGAAAUCGAAAUCACUGAUGGAGGGACACCAGAACAGAAGAGCAUUAACCUCCUCCAGAUUAAAGUGUGCACGUGUCAGACAGGUAGACGGGUGGAGUACUGUAUGGCCUACACCCGGACCGGAAUGAGCGUCAGUGCCCUCUUAGCCAUUCUUCUCUGCAUCGUCACCAUCCUGGUCAUCGUCAUCCUCAUUGUGUUGCGGAGGCGCUAUCAGAAGGAAAUUUUGGUUACCAAGUCUUCUGGCGAGAUCCACGAGCAGCUUGUGAGUUAUGACGAGGAAGGCGGUGGAGAAAUGGACACAAACGGUUAUGACGUCUCCAUCCUGUCCUCUGCUUGUCACGACAGCAGCUUUCGGCCCAGCACGGGGCCUUCGCUGUACGCCGUGGUGAAGAAACCCUCUGCUUGUAAGGGUGACAUGGCCAUGAUGAUCGAGGUGAAGAAGGAUGAGGCCGACCAUGACCGUGAUGGGAUUCCCUACGAUACUUUACACAUCUACGGCUGCGAGGGAUCUGAAUCCCUGUCCGGUUCCCUCAGCUCUUUGGACUCAUCCUCCAGUGGGUCCAAUCUGGACUACAACUUCUUGCAUGAGUGGGGACCUCGUUUCAGGACCCUGGCUCAGCUCUACGGAGUAGAUGGCUCGGACUCUGAUAGCUCCGACUGAUCCUACUGAAGGCCUGGGUUAUCAGGUAGUCAUCGUCCUAGGAGGACACAUCAGCACGAUGGAGACUGCUGUCUUCUCUUCAUGGGACUUUUUGUAAGGGUCCCUUUAAGAAAGGGAUUAACAAGUGUCAAUAUUUGUUUCCUUCAUGCAUUGUUAUGACAUUAUGAUGAGCACUAAUGUAUUUGGAAUUUUCAUAGAAUAAGUGUAUGUUAGUAGAAAAACUUGUCUUGGUUUUUUCAGACUGGUUUUGUCCAGGUGGGUUUUGUAUAAAACAGCAUUGGACACUGGUUGGACAAACUCUCUGGUUUAUCCUUACAGCAAAUCUGCUUUCAUUUUUUUACGCAAAAUAUCUUUGUGAAGGAUUUUUGUUUUCUUCUUGUGUAUAUUGUAUUACUCAACCCAGUCUCAUGAGAAAACAUAAUUAUUUUACGUUUUGGCAACUCUGUGGUAAAUCCUUAUGAAUUUGUACCAUUAGAUUCAUACGAAAAUGUUACCCACCCCUGAAUCUAACCAGUAACAUAAAACUGAGAUUAUACAAAUAAUAUGAAUUUGCAACCAAACUUAAAAGUUAAAAGUAGCAAUGAGACUGUGUUGUUCUUAAUAUUUAUUACAUUGUUUUUCACAUCUUGUUUUCCUAUAAAAAUCCUCAGUUUGCCAGUUUAUGCUUUUUUCUAGACUCAUAGUCAGUGUAAUUGCAGAGCCAGCAUUGUUCAGCAGACUCUUCUCAUCAGGAAAACUACUGUAUUGCCAUGGGAGCAACAAAGGAAGUGGUGAUAACUGUACUUUGAAAGAAUUAAAGGCUACUCCAAGUUUAUUUGACAGGAAUCAUCAGCACAUCGAUUGUUAUGAGUAAAGCCCAAAUCUCAAAGGUCCACCAUUAUAAGGCAAUUGCAGACGUCUCAGGAAACAUGCAGUGAGUUGUAUGCCUGUUGAAAUGUGAGAAGUGAUCUGAAUAACUGUAUUACCAAGUGAAUUAUAAGUGUGGCUAUAUAUUUAACAGUGCCAUUUAACUUGUUAAAUAUUUUGAUGAUAGUUAAAACCAAAAUAUGUAGCAGGCCAGCCAGUGUCUUGACAAUAUUGUUUGUCUUUCAUUCAAGACUAAAUAGACAAGAGGAUCUCCUUUCAUUGAAAAAUUUGUAGACCAUCUUUAUACAUUAAAUAUUUACCUUUGUGCACAAACUCUACCGUUUCCCCCAUUAACCAUGGACACAAUAUGUGGAAGCCACCUUCUCCCUUUCCUGUAGGGAAUUACACUGCAAGCACUCUUCUCCCGUCUAGUUUAACAUGAUCAGCUCCGUCACUGAAAUGUCAACUUCCUGUCUGUGUGAGCACAAGGAAACGCACUUCCUUAUCUUUUAAGUGAAGGAACAGAUUGAAACCGUUUUCCUGUUUUCUCGUCUUGGAGGGAUAAA